CAUAUUUUUCAUCACACACAAAAACACAGAAUCACAAUCACAGAUUUCACAGCAAAUCAAUCAAUCAAUUUCUCACUUUUUUUUUUCUCUAUUAAUCACAUAUAAUAAUAUUGAUGGCGACGGAAGAACCGAUUGUGGCGACGGAGCCUGUUGCGCCGGCGAUCGUUGAACCGACGGCGGAUGUUUCAGCACCGGAGGAAAAAGCUGAGGUUCCGGCAGCUGAUAAGCCGAAGAAAGUUAAGAAAACAACUGCGAAAGCUAAACCUAGAAGCCCUGCUUUGCAUCCGCCUUACUUUGAGAUGAUUAAGGAGGCAAUUGUGACAUUGAAGGAGAAGAAUGGAUCUAGUCAGUAUGCAAUCACUAAGUUUAUUGAAGAGAAGCAGAAGAAUUUGCCAGUUAAUUUUAAGAAGCUUUUGUUGACUCAGUUGAAGAAAUUUGUGGCUGCUGGUAAGCUAGUUAAGGUCAAGGCUUCAUACAAGCUACCUGCUGCAAAAGCUCCAGCACCAGCCAAGAAGAAGCCGGCUGCGAAGCCAAAGGCGAAGGCUGCACCCAAGCCUAAGACGGUUGUGAAAAAAGCGCCUGCAAAGAAGGUGGUUGCCAAGCCUAAGCCGGUUCCUAAGGCGAAAACUGUAGCCAAGCCAAAGCCAGCUGCCAAGGCUAAGUCUGCUAAGCCUGCUGCAAAAGCUAAACCUGCUGCCAAGCCAAAAGCUGUAGCGAAACCUGCUGCAAAGGUGAAAACUGCUGCUGCUACUAAGGCGAAGCCGAAGCCCAAGACACCAACAAAGACCGCGAAAGUAGCUAGAACGUCAACGAGAUCUUCUCCAGGGAAGAAGGCUCCUGCAGCUCCUAAGGCUGUGGCAAAGAAAGCACCUGUGAAGAAGGCAGCUGCAAAGAGUUUGAAACCUAAACCGGCUAUUGCAAAGAAGGCUACCACUGCUAGGAAGGCGAGGAAGUGAAGAAUCAGAGAAUAGUACAUUAUUAUGUAUUUCUUUUUCUAGGGUAAUCCUGUGUGUAAAAUGUUGUUUAUCCUUGGAUGUAUGGUAGAUUUCUUCAUCCACUAAAUAGUAGUUUAUAGAGUUGUUUAGUUUUAUCAAUCAAUCAAUCCAUCUUACUUUUUAGUUUUCA